GCAGGGCGCGCUUUUCCGCCCUCCGACGCGGCGGCGCGUGCCCCCUCGCCCGCGCGGCGCUCCCCGGCGCGGCGCUCCCGGGCGAGGGGGGGGGGGGCCGGGGGGCGGCGGCGGUGGCAGGCGUGCGGCCCGCGGCGGUGCCAUGGAGACGGCGGACGGCGGCCGCCGCGGGACACAAAGGGCGGGACGGCGGCGGCGGCGGCGGGCGGCGCGGCGGGGCCCCAUGACGGCGGCGGCGGGGCCCGGCCCGGUUGGCGGCGGCGGCGCCCCACGGUACAGCCUGCUGGCUGAGAUAGGCCGCGGGGCCUACGGCGUGGUGUACGAGGCGGUGUCGGGCCGCAGCGGCGCCCGGCUGGCGGUGAAACGGAUCCGUUGCGACGCUCCCGAGAACGUGGAGCUGGCGCUGGCCGAGUUCUGGGCCCUGACGAGCCUCCGGCGGCAGCACCCCAACGUGGUGCGCUUCGAGGAGUGUGUUCUGCAGCGGCACGGCCUGGGGCAGCGCAUGAGCCACGGCAACAAGCGCAGCCAGCUCUACCUGCGCCUCGUGGAGACCUCCCUCAAAGGUGAGAGGAUCCUGGGCUAUGCAGAGGAGCCUUGCUACCUGUGGUUUGUCAUGGAGUUCUGUGAAGGGGGAGACCUCAACCAGUACGUGCUCUCACGAAGACCUGACCCGGCCACAAACAAGAGCUUCAUGCUGCAGCUGACCAGUGCCAUUGCCUUCCUGCACAAGAACCAUAUUGUCCACCGGGAUCUGAAACCAGACAACAUCCUGAUCACCGAGAAGUCUGGCACCCCUGUUCUCAAGGUGGCUGACUUCGGGCUCAGUAAGGUCUGCGCUGGCCUGACUGCUCGGGGCAAGGAGGGCGGGCAUGAGAACAAAAAUGUGAAUGUGAACAAGUACUGGCUGUCUUCGGCUUGCGGCUCCGAUUUCUACAUGGCGCCCGAGGUCUGGGAGGGACACUACACCGCCAAGGCUGACAUCUUCGCCCUUGGCAUCAUCAUCUGGGCCAUGAUUGAGAGGAUAACUUUCAUUGAUGCGGAGACCAAGAAGGAGCUGCUGGGGACCUACAUCAAGCAGGGGACCGAGAUUGUGCCUGUUGGGGAAGCGCUGCUAGAAAACCCAAAGAUGGAGCUGCACAUCCCUCAGAAACGCAGGACUUCCAUGUCUGAGGGAAUCAAGCAGCUCUUGAAAGACAUGUUGGCUGCUAACCCGCAGGAUCGACCUGAUGCCUUUGAGCUUGAAACCAGAAUGGACCAGGUUACAUGUGCUGCUUAAAUUCAGGGCAGGGCACAGCUGUGCUUUGCAGCUGGGUCUAUUUACCAGGGACCCAUAAUCUCCAUUAUUUAUGUGCAACGAGGGAAGUCAAAGAUAAGGGAAGAUGAUGAUAUGGAAGAUCCCUGGUCUGCAGGAUCUCUGGCAAUGUGAAAUCUUUGGGUGUUAUUUGGUUUUGUUGGGAAGGGGUGUUCUGGGGAUGCAGGACGGGGCUGUAUGAGCCUGUAGAAGAGCACAAGCUGGCAAUUGUCAUGCUUAUGAAACUUUUAAACAAGAUCCAGAGAGCUUCUAUUGCCCAGCCCUCCCUGUAUCUCCUGUACUGCCAUUUGACUCAGUAGAUGUUUCUAGAGGAGACCUGGUUCCAUAAGGAGGUGGGGAUUGGCAGCCUGGCAGCGAGGUGUGCUGCCAGGCACCAGCUCUUCAGUCCAGCUGGGCACAACUUUGGGUUUAAAGCUGUUGCUUUUGCCUAGGGGAAAUGGGAGCACAGUGAUUGCUAGGUUUGCACUGGCGGUGCAAUGGUUUAGAAAAAGUGAGUCUCUCUCAGACCACGUGUUGCAAGCAGCUAAAUAAUUUCAUGGCCAGGCAGCUUCUGAAUAGGUGGAUGCUGCCCAGGCUGUGGACAGUUGACAUUAGAAUAGAGUAGCAUGAACAAGCUGGAAAGCCAUUUGGUAAGGCAGGUCUGCUGCUGCGACAGGCAGACCUUCGUUCUCCCCAACCUGGAUUUCACUAGCGACACUUGUUACAGACUUUCCCUACAGAGAGCAACAGGCAGCCCCAAAAUACUUUUUUUCAGGUGGACAUUGUCUGCAUAGAAGAGAAACGGAAAGCAGUCCACUGCUCUGUUCCAUGUAAUGCCAGACUUCAGUAGCUGGGAACAAUGCUUGGGAGAAGAGGAGUUUUGGCCGAAACAGCUCAUGGGCUGGAUUCUAACCUCCCGUGAAACACUUCCCUGCUAGAGGGCUAUGUCCUGGAAGCAAAGCCACUGGUUAGGGUUGGUUGCAGUACAGCUCAGGUAAGGAGAUUGGAACCUCAGGCUGAGCAGUUAAUACUGGAUUUCCUUGUUUAUAUAUAGAGCAACACUAAUAUUCAGGGGCUGACCCUGUGGUAACGGUUUUUAGACUUUGCUCACUGUAAAUGCAAAGCACCACCUCUUCUCCACCCUGCAAGUUCUGCACUGACUAAAACAUUUCUCACCAGGCUAAAUCACCCGGGAGCAGUUUGAGGAGUGGGCUGCUCUGACCCAGCAUCACUCACAGCCUGCCCAGGUGCUCAGCCCUUACUGCAGCUGGAGCUGGCCAGGGCCACAGGCAGGAGAGGGUCCCUCCUACCCCCUCGUCCCCAGCUGUGGGAACUGUUCCUUGCCUGUCCUUGUAUCUACUCAGUGUACUUUGCUGACCUCAUGGGAAUAAGUGGAAAUGGAGGAAAUUCAGGUGGGCUAAAGCAGGGAAUGGAGGGAGGGGUUUCUUUUUUUUCCCCUCUUCCUUUGGUUCUAGGACACAAAGUUAAGGCUGUUGCUGCAGGAAGGCCAGGGCCCUCUUACAAGGACGAUGCCAGGAGGCUCCAGACCAUCUGUCUAUGACUUGUGAAGGUUAGGACAUCACAAAUUCAGCGCCAAGCCCCUGUUCCCACGCUGCUCUUCUGUUUGUUCCUGGGGACGCUUCUGUGGGAUGUGGCCGGCCAUAGUCAGACUGUGGCUGUACAGGCUCCUUCCAGGGGUCUGAGCAGUUUGCUCAGCAGGCGCUGUCCUUGGCCCUGGCUGCAGAGCACUCGCGGGGGCUCCGGACGGCACCUUGGCUGCUCUCAUUCCUCUCUGACUAGCAGCAGGUCCCCACAGCGGCUGUGCCAAGAAGCUGCCGGUGGGUUUCUCCCCCAGCUCCCGGGGGGAGGGGCUUGCAGUGAGACAAGAGCUGAACCCUGUAGUUACAGCAUUAGUGCCCUGAUCGUUGGGCCAUCCUUCCUCCACCUGACAGAGCCUUUGCUCCCGACUGUUAUAACUGUAAUAACCUAACCAUGGCUUGAACAGGUGCGGUAAGAGGGCUUUAUCUCCCAGCCCUGCUCACGUGGCUUUGUCUGCUGGAAGGGCCCUUCGCCAGGUGUAACAUCCCAGUUGAAGGGAGCUUCCUAGCAGGAGGUUUCUGUCACCCAUCUCUCUGGGGACAGGGUGAGCCCAGCAGGCAGCUCCUGUUUGGAGAGCAGGCAGGCAGCAUCCAGGCAAGCCCUGGGAGCGUCAGCCCUCUUGGUCCACCACCAUUUCAGGCCAUCUUCAAACCACACGUCUCCACCUCAGCUUUUGCGUUGCAGAUGUGUUUUUAAAGCAGCUUGAUGUUAGUGAGCUAGACCGUAGUGCCUUAUUUAGGAUUUAGCAAACACUCCUGAGGACAAGUCCUAGGGCUGCUAGCCUUUGGCCAAUACGGAUGUUUCCCUGAUUAAUUUACCCUUUUAAGAGCAUUUGUCCCUGACGAUUUUGCUGCUCUUUGUGCUCAACUCCUGAGACUAUACAGGAACCUGCCUUGUGUUUACAGCUCCCAGCAUUCUCUCUUCCCAGUUACUUUGGCCCAGACCAGCACUCCCUCUAGAACAAGGUGGGAACUGGGAACAGCUCAAACCUGCAUGUGCUAUGGGAUGGAGGAUGUUUAGGCUUUUUUUUUCCCAGGUGGGUCUGUCAGGCAGCUCCUGGCCAGCUCUUGCAGGCUGAACUUCUCCCUCUGCUGUAGAUGUUCUUGACAUUAGGAUGUGCUGCUGGGAAAUGUCAAGCUUAAGAAAGCAGCACUGAGACUGCAGCCUAUUGCCCAGCCCAGGGCCAUGCUGUCUCCAUCUCUUCCUGGCUGCAGUGAGGCUGAGCAUCCAGGUGGCGGGAGGGUGCUCUGGUCAGUAUGGGGGGAGCCAAGUACCCUCUCUAAACCCUGCCACCCUCCAGGCUUGUGGGGAACACAGCUGGUGCCCGUACCGGGGAAGCGAUUGUAUGAAACUGUUUACUUCUAUGCUGUUUACAAGAGUGAUAUGGGGUGGGUGGGGGGAACAAGCCAAGCCUCAGGAGGAUUGGGAAACAUGUUAUCUGUACCAGCCUGCAGCAAGGCUGACGCUGCUGGCAUCGUGCGGGUGUCACGGGGAUCUCCCAGCCAGCUUUGGUCCAUGGGGAGGAGAGAGCAGAGAUGGCUCUAGCCUUGAGGGGUUAGAUUAGCUCCCCCUUGUCCCCUUGCUGCUGUGUUUGAGGUUCAGCAGUGCUAGUGACAGAUAAGAGUUACCCCUGUGGUCUUCCUUUACUCCUCAGGACCCAGCUCCUUCACAUAUCAGAGGCUCCCAGAGCCUUUCUGGAGCAAUAAGACUUAAAACAAGCAUUACCAUCAUUGUGGAAAUCCUCCAUUGUGAGCAUUGUGUGUCUCCUCUGUAUGCAGUACUGAGUCUGGAUUUAAGCCUGCCAAGCAUCGUGGGCCAGCUGCGUCAGGGCAUGGACUGGGAUAUGUUUCCCUGUGCUUUCUGCAGGUCAUGAGAGCAGGGAAACACGUUGCUGCUUUCCCUCGUUCCCCCAGGUGUGUGCUGCCCAGGCUUCACACUACAGCUGCCUGAGGUGAGGCAGGCUCCUGCUUCCCUUUUGGUGAUGCUGCUGCAGGACGGGCAUGACGGCUCAGCCGUGUGCCACAGGAGCGUGCUGCCGUGCUUUCCCCUGGCUCCUUGCAGCCUCCCAUCCCACCAGCCAGGCUGCACAGGUCCCAGGCUCAGCAGAGGGGCAGCAUCUGGGAAGCAGAGCCGCUGGCUUCCUCAGCCAUGGGAUGCGAGCGAUGCUCAUGCUGCUGGCUCCCUCGACGAGGCAGUGCUGGGAGCUGUCGCUGGUGGUGGGGUGAGCUGUGCUGGCGGUACCUCUGCUGCUCAGUCAGUUACCGGGCUCAUCCCAGCAUGUGGCCCUUCAGGUCUAAAAGCAUUUCCCACUUCAGAGUGGGUGUCGGGGCAGUGGGCGCAGCUGGAAGGAAAGCACAGAGAGAUGCUCUCCUCCAGCUGUGACCUGACAAAUCCUGCUUCUCUGUUCCUACCCAAGUGCUUUUAUCUCUGAGGGUGAUAUCCAAGCUGCUGGAAGAGUUGGCAGGGGCCACAGGGGAGUGCUUGAUGUCCCUGUUCUGGCACCUGCAGCUGCCCAGCCCACCGUGGGCCUUCAGCUCAUUCAUCCAGCUAAGCACAGCAGCUUUGCAGAGGAGCUGCUGCCCUGCCGUGCUGGGGGGUGCUGAGGCCCCAGUGGUGCUGGGUGAGCCCUGGGACAGGGGCGUACUGGCCCAGUCCUGCUCCAGGCUCCCCCCUCACCCUGCAGCUCCUGUGCUGAGCUAGCAAGAGCAGAAGGCUUAAACCCAGACUCCAAACUAAAGAUAAUGGUACUAGUAAAUGAAUCUGUAUUUUUCUUUUUUUUUUUUUUUUUUUUGCACAGAAGCUGGUAAUCUAGGACCUAUGUGUGAACAACUUUAUAUCUAUUUUUUGUACUUGGUUUACUUGGCUUGGUAUGAGAUGUUCUAUUUAAGUUCUUUGAACACUGUGGAUACCCUGAUGUGUAUGAGUGGCAGAGGCUUUGUAAAUUAAGAAACGAUUGUGUGAAUAAAGCUAUUUGGUGGGGUUGAAAAGCCACACACAACUUGAAACACAA